AUGCGCAAGCUCUCCGUCCUCUGCCUACACGGCUACUCGAUGACCGGAGCGUUAUUGCAGCAGAGCAUGCGCCGAACGUGUGAGCGGCUGUCGCAUCUCGCGCGCUUCCGCUUCGUCGAUGGGCCGCACACGGUGGAGCCCAGCCCGCACCUACCGCUCGAGCUACCCGAGGGCACACGUCCGCUAGGCUGGUGGAGGCCGGAACGACAGGAUGACAGGUCGUGGCACUUUCACGGUGUCGACGACUCGCUCGCGCUGCUAUCGCAGGCGGAGGCGUCAGAGGUUGAGGCGCAUGGCCACGGCGUCGACGUGGUGCUUGGCUUCAGCCAGGGCUCCGCCCUCGCGCACCUCGCGACCGCGCUCCGGCAGCACCGCCCGAGCGCGUCUCCGUUGCCGUCCUUGCGCGGCGCGGUCUUCGUCGGCGGCUUUCCGUUUGCGCCGGCGUCUCCCGCCUUUGCUGAGGCGUCGCUACAUCUCUCCAUGCCAACGCUUCACGUCGCCGGUUCGCGCGACAAGAUUGUACGGCCCGAGACGAGCGCGCGCCUGCUGCAGCUCUGCGCCGAGGACAACCGGACGUACCACGAACACCAAGGUGGGCACGUCGUGCACUCUGGGAGUGCCUCGCUCGCGGUCUACGAGGACUGGUUCGCGCGGCAACACGUGGGCGCGAGCGGUCAACUAGCACAAUAA